UCGCCUUCUUCACUCUCAAAAUUAAAAAACACGCGCACACACUCUCUCUGAUUCCCCAUUUGUUUUGUUUUUUUUUUUAAAUUAGGGUUUUCAAAUUAUCAUCAAUCAACCAUGUCGUUGAGACCUAGCGCGAGAACCGAGGUUCGCCGGAACCGAUACAAAGUCGCAGUCGACGCCGAUGAAGGUCGCCGGAGAAGAGAGGACAAUAUGGUGGAGAUCCGCAAGAACAAGCGUGAAGAGAGUUUGCUAAAGAAGCGACGCGAAGGUCUCCAGGCACAACAGUUCCCUCCCGCUCUUCUCUCUUCUUCUAAUGUGGAAAAGAAGUUAGAGAGUUUGCCUUCGAUGGUGGCUGGUGUUUGGUCCGAGGAUGGCAAUUUGCAGCUUGAAUCAACUACUCAGUUUCGGAAACUGCUUUCGAUUGAGAGGAGUCCUCCGAUAGAGGAAGUUAUACAAGCUGGGGUUGUUCCACGAUUUGUUGAGUUUCUUGUUAGGGAGGAUUUCCCUCAGCUUCAGUUUGAGGCUGCUUGGGCUCUCACAAACAUUGCCUCUGGAACUUCAGAGAACACUAAGGUGGUAAUUGAUCAUGGUGCAGUUCCAAUAUUUGUCAAGCUUCUCGGUUCUCCCAGUGAUGAUGUUAGGGAGCAGGCUGUGUGGGCAUUGGGAAAUGUUGCUGGUGACUCCCCUAAGUGCCGUGAUCUUGUGCUCAGCCACGGAGCCUUGAUUCCAUUGCUGGCACAGUUGAAUGAGCAUGCAAAGCUUUCAAUGCUGAGGAAUGCUACGUGGACACUAUCAAACUUCUGCAGGGGCAAGCCACAGCCUCCAUUCGAGCAGGUGAGGCCGGCCCUUCCUGCACUUGAACGUCUUGUACAUUCAACUGAUGAAGAAGUCCUAACUGAUUCUUGCUGGGCACUCUCUUAUCUUUCUGAUGGUACAGAUGAUAAAAUCCAAGCUGUUAUUGAGGCAGGUGUCUGUCCACGACUUGUGGAGCUCCUCCUCCAUCCUUCUCCUUCAGUGCUUGUUCCUGCCCUCCGCACAGUUGGAAAUAUUGUGACAGGGGAUGAUAUGCAGACCCAGUGCAUAAUUACCACUGGUGCACUCCCAUGCCUUCUAAGCCUGCUGACUCAUAAUCAUAAAAAGAGCAUCAAGAAAGAAGCUUGCUGGACUAUCUCAAACAUCACUGCUGGAAACAAGGAGCAGAUCCAGGCUGUUAUUGAGAAUGGUUUAAUUGGCCCACUCGUUAAUUUACUUCAAAAUGCGGAGUUUGAUAUAAAGAAAGAAGCUGCUUGGGCUGUGUCUAAUGCUACUUCGGGUGGCACUCACGAGCAAAUUAAGUUUUUGGUCAGUCAGGGAUGUAUUAAACCAUUGUGUGAUCUUCUUGUAUCCCCUGAUCCAAGGAUUGUAACUGUAUCUCUUGAAGGAUUAGAGAACAUUCUGAAGGUUGGGGAAGCGGAGAAGAAUUUGGGGAACAGUGGAGAUGCUAAUUUCUAUGCCCAGAUGAUAGAUGAUGCCGAGGGACUAGAAAAGAUUGAAAAUCUACAGAGUCAUGACAACAAUGAGAUAUAUGAGAAGGCAGUCAAGAUUCUUGAGACUUAUUGGUUGGAAGAAGACGACGAGACUUUGCCUUCAGGUGAUGGUGCCCAGCAAGGAUUUCAGUUUGGUGGGAAUGGUGUUCAAGUUCCAUCUGGUGGAUUCAACUUUUAGCUGAAGGUAUAGAAGUUCGAACCGAGUGCAAGUUCUUUUCUCCGCAAAGCCACGUCCUCAAGAGCUCUCUUCCUCGGUUUUUGGUUUGAGCCAAAUGUUGAAAUUGAAGGCGAGUGUGCGCAAGAAUGGGCCACUCCUAUAAAGCGGCAACAAUGGUGGCAGAUGCAAAUGCCAACUAGUUGGAAGACUACUUGACUAGAAAAGGGGAGGAAUCUGAGUCAUGUGACCUUCGUAAACACACUCGAAGGGCAAAUGGUGGGCCGAGCUUUGUUCUUUUGCAGCCUAUAAAUCCUUAAUAGCAAUCAUUAAAAUUUGUUUUAUGAGCCUUUAAGCUUUAUCAGCUACUGCUGAGCCUGAUAUUGGGAUCUGAAAAUUCGUAUUUUUUCCUGCUGGACUCUCACGAGAGAAGGUCCAUUGAGACUUGCCACUAGCUCUGGACCAUUUGCUUUUGUGCAGCUGGUAUCCUCCACUCAGGUUCUGUAUUUUCCUCCAUAAGAUAUGUAAAAAUCAGGUUGCUUGUCCAUAAUUUUAUUUGUUCCUGUAACCAGAUUUUAUGAAAACCUUGAGCUGAAGAUUGCGGUCUGACAAUUCCGAUAUUUGCUGAAGAAGAUAAAUUGAGACCAUCAGUUGGAUUAUUUUUAA